AUGCAGAAUGAACCAAUGUUUCAGGUCCAAGUGGACGAGUCUGAAGAUACUGAAUGGAACGAUAUUUUGAGGGCGAAAGGUGUAAUACCUGAAAGAGCACCAUCGCCGACUGCUCAACUCGAAGAAGCCCUAGAAGAAGCUCUAGCCAAGCAACAUGAGAAUAGACUUGAGUCCAAAAAUAUAUCCGAUUUGGAAGAAUUGGAAGAUGAAGAAGAUGAAGAAUUUCUGGAAAUGUACAAGAGGAAAAGACUAGCUGAAAUGGCCAAACUACAGCAGAGAUCAAAGUUUGGAGAAGUAUACGAGAUCAACAAGCCCGAGUAUAACAAAGAGAUUACACAAGCGAGCAUGGGAGAUUUAGCUGGAAAAUCUAGCGAAUCUCAACUGCAUGAUGAGGACGGAAGUAGCCAACAAGGCGUAUACGUCUUUGUACAUCUAACAUUGCAAAGCAAGCUACAAAGUCGAGUAUUAUCACAUAUCUUUCGUCAAUUGGCUCCAAAGUUUCCUGAGAUCAAAUUUGUUGAGAUCGCCGCCAAUAGAGCCAUCGAAAAUUACCCAGAAUCUAAUUGCCCUACGCUUCUGGUUUAUUACAAGAGCGAAGUUAUCAAGAACAUGAUAACUCUCUUGGAGUUGGGUGGGAAUGACACCAAGAUUAAUGAUCUUGAAGAACUGAUGGUGACUCUUGGCGCAGUUGACGGUAGAGAUGACAGGUUGAAUAUGAAUCAAGAUAGCGAAGAGGCCAUGGAAGCCAAAAGAUUGAACUUUUCUCAAAAGGAAUCAGAUCAGGAAUCACUGGCAAGUUCAAUAUUGGGACUGGCGCCAGUCAUAAUGAUGAUGACGAUGACUUUUUCAACUAAGGCAUGCAUGAUUAAAUAA